AUGGCUGGCAGACCCAAGAGUCAGACCCCCCUGGUGUGCCACGGACACACCAGACCAAUCGUGGAUCUGCACUUCAGCCCCAUCACACCCGAUGGCUACUUCCUGAUCUCUGCCAGCAAGGAUUCCUCCCCCCAGCUCCGCAAUGGCGAGACCGGGGACUGGAUCGGGACUUUCCAGGGCCACAAAGGGGCGGUGUGGGCUGCCGUGCUCAACGACUCCGCCUUCCUGGCUGCCACCGCCUCUGCCGACUUCACGGCCCGGGUGUGGAAUGCCGUGACCGGGGACGAGCUGCAUUCCUUUGCACACAAGCACAUCGUGCGAACAGCCGCAUUUGCGAGGGGGCAGGACUCCUGCAAGCUCGUCACCGGAGGUCCCGAGAAGCUACUUCGUGUGUUUGAUCUGUCACGCCCCGACGCCGCCCCUGAGACGGCGGCCCUGGCAUCCAGUAUCCGGGGCGCGGCCUGGAUCCACGACAACAAGGCCAUGCUCAUCUCCUACUCCGACAAGCCCAACCUGGACGUGCUGGACACGCGGACGCUGAGCGUGGUGAAGACGCUGGAGACGGCGGGACCGGUGACCAGCAUCGACGUCACGGACUGCGGCAGAUUCAUCGUCACCGCCGACGGCAGCCAGGUCCUGAUCCACGACGGCACCGACUUUGCGGUGAAGCGCACCUUCCGCCCCAGCGGGUACUCGGUGGAGGCAGCCGCCUACGCCCCCGACCGCGGCAAGCUGGUGGCGGGCGGCAGCGACAUGUGGGUUCACGUGUAUGACGAGACGGACAGUGAGGUGGAGGCGGGGCGGGGGCACCACGGGCCUGUGCACGGCGUGCGUUUCGCGCCGGGGCACGCGACCUUUGCCUCCGGCUCGGAGGACGGCACCCUGCGCAUCUGGCAGACGGAGCCGCCGGCGGCUGCUGUGGCGGCGCCGGUGGCGGCCAAGGAGACGAGGGAUGGGCAGGGCGUCUGA